UUCCAGGAUUGUUUCUGCACUUCACGAACACAAGUUGAAUCACUCAGACCUGAAAAACAGUCUGAGACCAGUAUCCAUCAACACUUGGUUGAUGAGCUACCCUUUUCCCAGUUGCCUUCAUCCACUAGAGCCAAGGAUGUGAUCUGUUCCACCAAUGUUUCUCACUAUGAACUCCAAGUGGAAAUUGGAAGAGGAUUUGACAACUUGACUUCUGUUCAUCUUGCCCGGCAUACUCCUACAGGAACACUGGUGACUAUAAAAAUUACAAAUCUGGAAAACUGCACUGAUGAACGCCUGAAAGCUUUACAGAAAGCAGUGAUUUUGUCCCACUUUUUCCGGCACCCCAAUAUUACAACCUAUUGGACUGUUUUCACUGUUGGCAGCUGGCUUUGGGUUAUUUCUCCAUUUAUGGCCUAUGGUUCAGCAAGUCAGCUCUUGAAGACUUACUUUCCUGAAGGAAUGAGUGAAACUUUAAUAAGAAACAUUCUCUUUGGAGCAGUGAGAGGGUUGAGCUAUCUGCACCAAAAUGGCUGCAUUCACAGGAGUAUUAAAGCCAGCCAUAUCCUCAUUUCUGGUGAUGGCCUAGUGACCCUCUCUGGCCUGUCCCACCUGCAUAGUUUGGUUAAGCAUGGACAGAGGCAUAGGGCUGUGUAUGAUUUCCCACAGUUCAGCACAUCAGUGCAGCCGUGGCUGAGCCCAGAACUACUGAGACAGGAUUUACAUGGAUAUAAUGUAAAGUCAGAUAUUUACAGUGUUGGGAUUACAGCAUGUGAAUUGGCCAGUGGGAAGGUACCUUUCCAGGACAUGCAUAGGACUCAGAUGUUGUUACAGAAGCUGAAAGGUCCUCCUUACAGCCCAUUGGAUGUCAGUAUCUUCCCUCAAUCAGAAUCCAGAAUGAAGAAUUCCCGAUCAGGUGUAGACUCUGGGAUUGGAGAAAGUGUACUUGUCUCCAGUGGAACUCAAACAGUAAAUAGUGACAGAUUGCAAACUCCAUCCUCAAAAACUUUCUCUCCUGCCUUCUUUAGCUUGGUACAGCUCUGUUUGCAACAAGAUCCUGAGAAAAGACCAUCUGCAAGCAGUUUAUUGUCCCAUGUGUUCUUCAAACAGAUGAAAGAAGAAAGCCAGGACUCAAUACUUACACUGUUGCCUCCUAAGCCAUCAAUAGCACUGUCUCCAGUGUCACGUUGGACUGAGCCAGAAUGUGAUUUUCCUGAUGAAAAAGACUCAAACUGGGAAUUCUAGGGCUGCCAAAUCCUGUAUGUCCUAGAUACUUGACACUUUCUCUCUGCUACUUUUCUUCUGUAUUGCUAGGUACAAAUACUAGAAUUAUACUUGAAAAUACCAUUGUUGCACUGGAGAAUCUAUUGUUUAAAACCACUCUGUUCAAAGAAGCAUGAGUUUAUAUCCUCUUUGGUUAACUCACAGUUCUAUUACAACUCCAGAAAAACUUCAGAAUUAUGACUCUAGUUACAUUUAGUGUCCUCUGUUCUCAUUUUUUUCCCCAAGCUGUGACUAAUUCCUCUUCUUGAUCUUUGAAUUUAAGUUUUGAGCCAUUUAAUUUUUUCAGCAUUUUGUUGCCCUCAGGGGAAUGAGCCCUCAGAGGACAGUGCUUCCAAGUAAACUUUUUACUUCCAGAUUCUCUAGCCUUUUUGAUCAGCUAUUGUUAGACCAACAGGCUAGUUUAUCCUGGUAUCAAAACCCUUUUUUGGUAGAAGGGAAAAUGUUUAUACUUCCCAUAUUAUUCUGUUAAAUAUCAAACUGAGCCUCACAUUAAAUGAUAAAGAAGUU